GCGGGGCAAUAUUACAUAAAUUGCCGAUUUCGUAGCCCAAAGCGGGAAGUGACACCACCAAAGAGAAAACCCCAACUUCUCCAACAAGCUUUACUCCAAAUCCCUCUACCAAUGUCUCGAGGCAAGGAUGGUACGGUUUUGUUGAUUGAUGUUGGCCCGUCGAUGCAUAAAGCUCUUCCGGAGAUAGAGAAGCUUUGCUCUAUGCUGGUGGAGAAGAAGCUCAUUUACAGCAAAAGUGAUGAAGUCGGAGUUGUUUUGUUCGGCACAGAAGGCACUGAAAAUGAGCUAACAAGGGAAGUCGGUGGAUAUGAUCAUAUAACGGUUUUACAAAAUAUCAAAGUUGUUGAUGAACAUCUUAUUCGGGCUGUGGAACAACUCCCACGAGGAACUCAUAACGGUGAUUUUCUUGAUGCUGUAAUUGUUGGGAUGGAUAUGCUGAUAAAGAAAUAUGGAGAAACAAACAAAGGAAAAAAACGUCUUUGUCUAUUUACGAAUGCACACUUCCCCACUAAAGCUCCACAAGAUGGAACUAAAGAAGAUCAAGUUAUCACCAUUGCCAGACAUAUGAAUACGCAAGGUAUGAGAUUGGAAAGUAUAGUCAUAAGAGGAGGGCUUACUGGGGAAGCUAAGAAAAGUAUAAUGGAUGAGAAUGAUCAUCUAUUGGAUAUAUUCUCAAAGAGAACAUGUGCAAAGUUGGUACAUGUUGAGACUCCAACCUCAUUGCUAGGUGCUCUUAAAACUCGAAAAGUUUCUCCUGUUACAAUAUUCAGGGGUGAUCUUGAGCUGAGCCCCAAAAUGAAGAUUAAGGUAUGGGUUUACAAGAAAACAUCCGAAGACAAGUUUCCCACUCUGAAGAAAUAUUCUGAUAAAGCCGCUCCAACAGAUAAAUUUGCGACACAUGAAGUCAAGGUGGAUUUUGAGUAUAAGAGUGCUGAAGAUCUGAGUAAAGUUGUACCUCCAGAACAGAGGAUUAAAGGUUAUCGUUAUGGACCUCAAGUAAUUCCCAUAUCAUCUGCUGAAUGGGAUGCUGUCAAGUUCAAACCAGAAAAAAGUGUGAAACUUCUGGGAUUUUCUGAUGCUCAAAAUAUAAUGCGACACUAUUACAUGAAAGAUGUCAACGUUUUCAUUCCUGAACCGGGUAAUACAAGGGCCAUUCUUGCUGUUUCUGCCUUGGCACGAGCAAUGAAAGAUAAGAAUAAGGUGGCAAUUGUGCGCUGUGUUUGGAGACAAGGACAAGCAAGUGUUAUUGUGGCCUUGACACCUAAUGUGUCUGACAAUGAUAAUAUUCCUGAUUCGUUUUACUUCAACGUACUCCCUUUUUCUGAAGAUGUUCGAGAAUUUCAAUUCCCAUCUUUCAAUAAUUUCCCAGCAGCAUGGCAACCAAGUGAACAGCAGCAAGAGGCUGCUGAUGAUUUUGUGAGGAUGUUUGAUCUUGCACCAUCUGGGAAACAGGAGGUUCUGCCGCCUGACCUAACACCAAAUCCUGUUCUUGAGCGGUUUUUUCGUCAUCUUGAGUUAAAGUCAAGGGACCCAGAUGCAGCUGUACCUCCAAUUGAUGAAACUCUCAGGAAGAUUAGUGAACCAGAUAAGGAGCUGAUUGCUGAAAACAAGUCUGUUAUUGAUGCAUUCCGUAGUCGUUUUGAACUCAAAGAGAACCCAAAGCUGAAGAAAUCAAGUAGGCGACUGUUGAAAGAAAAACCAUCUGUGUCCGAUGAAAGAGAGGAUCCUAUGGACAUUUCUGAUCAAACCAACUCCAACGAACAUACAUCUGGAAUUAAGGUUACAAAAAUUGGGGAUUCUGCUCCUGUCCAGGAUUUUGAAGCUAUGAUGUCCCGUAGAGAUAGCCCAGAAUGGGUUGGGAAAGCCAUCAAGGAUAUGAAGAACAAAAUACACGACUUAGUAGAGGACUCUCACGAAGGGGAUAACUAUCCUAAAGCACUGGAAUGUUUAGUUGCCCUCCGCAAGGGUUGUAUCCUAGAGCAAGAACCAAACCAGUUCAAUGAUUUUCUGCGGUCUCUAUGUAAAUUCUGCCAGGAGAAGUACCUGAGCAGUUUCUGUGAAUUUCUUGCAACCAAAGAACUCACCUUGAUUCCCAAGACAGAAGCUAUAGACAGUGAAGUAACAGAUGCUGAAGCUAGAAGUUUUCUGGUCAAAUCAGAGCCAAAGUUGGAAUGAAUGUUUCAGUGCUGAAAAUGGUACGGAUCUGCUGGGAUGUUGAAUGAGAAAUCAAUCAACCAAUGUACAGAACCCAAAAUUUGUUAUAUGCGCCUAUGCGGCUUGAUCUGUGAAUAUUUUGGAAGUAUGUAUAGAUUUGUGGAAACAUGAUAUGUACUUGUAUCUUGUUACUCCAUCGCUUUUCUAAUCAGAAGCCCAACUCCUCUAUCAUUAGUA